AUGGAUCACUUCGAUAUCAUCCUUGGCAUGAAUUGGUUGUCUAAACAUCGAGUGACCAUCGACUGCAAAGCCAAACAAAUCAUCUUCGGUGACGUCAAUAAACCUGAAUACRUGUUCCARGGUGUUUCACCUGAGAAGGGAACUCGUGUUAUCUCAGAAGUAAAUGUUAAAGCAAUGGUAUGGCAAGGAUGUGAAGGAUUUUUAKCUUCACUACAAGAUCCCGAAGAGGUAUGCCUUAAACUUGAAGAUAUUCCUGUUGUUAAUCAAUUUCAAGAUGUCUUUCCAGAUGAACUUCUAGGAGUUCUUUCGGAAAGGGAAAUUGAAUUUAUAAUUGAUUUUGUUCUGGGAGCUGCGCCUAUCUCAAAGGCUCCGUAUCGUAUGGCUCCAACCGAAAUGAAAGAACUUAAGGAACAACUUGAAGAUCUUUCUAAUCGUGGUUUCAUUCGACCUAGUGUAUCUCCAUGGGGUGCACCGGAAAAGAGUUUUGAAGAAUUGAGAAAGAGAUUGAUUACAACGCCUGUUCUUGCAUUGCCAUCUGGAUCGGGAGGUUUUCAGGUUUAUAGUGAUGCUUCUAAAAGUGGUCUUGGCUGUGUUCUAAUGCAGCACGGCAAAGCUCAAGAAGAGAAUGGAGAACUUUGGGCUAUCUUACAAAAGGCUAAAGAUGAUUCACAGUCUAAUUUUCGAGUUGAUGAUAAAGGUAUUAUCUGGUUCUCUAAUCGACUUUGUGUACCCGACAAUCCUGAACUCAAAGAAGCAAUUAUGAGUGAAGCUCAUAAUUCGUUAUUCUCAAUUCAUCCCAAAUCCACUAAGAUGUACCGAGAUCUAAAACAAUACUUUUGGUGGAACGGAUUGACGAAAACUCAGAGACGACAUGAUGCUAUAUGGGUAGUAGUUGACCGUUUGAUAAAAUCGGCUCAUUUCCUACCUAUACAGGAGACGUACCCUGUUAGUAAACUGUCCGAUCUAUUCCAGCGGGAAAUUGUGAGGUUACAUGGCAUGCCAGUUUCUAUCACAUCGGACCGAGAUCCAUGA